AUGCUGGGAAAACAUAUUAGCCCACACACUGUUCCCGGUCGUCCGGCCCCAUGGCUCUCUCCUGCUAUUUUCUACCUGGGCCUCACGUUCUCGGGCUGGGUGGGCCUGCUGCAGGGACACCCCCAGUGCUUGGAUUAUGGGCCACCCUUCCGUCCUCCUCUCCACCUGGAGUUUUGCUCGGACUAUAACUCCUUCGGCUGCUGUGAUCAACGGAAGGACCACCGUAUCGCUGCCCGGUACUGGGACAUCAUGAACUACUUUGACCUGAGGGGCCACGAGUUGUGUGGAGGUUACAUUAAAGACAUCCUUUGCCAGGAGUGCUCUCCUUAUGCGGCCCACCUCUACGAUGCCGAGAACCCUCAGACGCCCCUUCGGAACCUUCCUGGCCUCUGCUCUGACUACUGCUCCGCCUUCCAUCACAACUGUCAUUCUGCCAUUUCCCUGUUAACCAAUGACCGCAGCCUCCAGGAGUCCCAUGGAAAGGAUGGCGCCCGCUUCUGCCACCUCCUCCACCUUCCCGACGAGGACUACUGCUUCCCCAAUGUGCUGAGGAACAGUCAACUCAACCGCAACCUGGGAAUGGUAGCUGAGGACCACCAGGGCUGCCUGCAGCUCUGCCUGGCCGAGGUGGCCAAUGGGCUGAGGAACCCUGUGGCCAUGGUCCAUGCUGGGGACGGCACCCAUCGCUUCUUUGUUGCUGAGCAGGUAGGCGUGGUGUGGGUCUACCUCCCUGAUGGCAGUCGCCUGGAGCAGCCCUUCCUGGACCUCAAGAGCAUGGUGUUGACCACACCGUGGAUUGGGGAUGAGAGAGGAUUCUUGGGGCUGGCUUUUCACCCCAAAUUCCGCCGCAACCGCAAGUUGUACGUUUAUUACUCAUGCCUGGGCAAGAGGAAGGUGGAGAAAAUCCGGAUAAGUGAGAUGAAGGUUUCUCUGUCUGACCCUAACAAAGUGGACCCCAAAUCAGAGAGGGUCAUCUUGGAGAUAGAUGAACCAGCCUCAAACCACAAUGGUGGACAGCUUCUUUUUGGCCUGGAUGGCUAUCUGUACAUAUUCACUGGGGAUGGAGGGCAGGCUGGGGAUCCCUUUGGCAAGUUUGGAAACGCUCAGAACAAAAGCUCUCUGCUAGGGAAAGUGUUGAGGAUUGAUGUGAAUGGGGCAGGCAAGGAUGGCCGGCCGUAUCGAGUGCCCCUGGACAAUCCCUUUGUUUCUGAGCCAGGGGCCCACCCUGCCGUCUAUGCCUAUGGGAUCAGAAACAUGUGGCGCUGUGCUGUGGACCGAGGGGACCCCAUCACCCGCCAGGGCCGGGGUCGGAUAUUCUGUGGGGACGUGGGCCAGAACAAGUUUGAAGAAGUUGACCUCAUUGUCAAAGGCGGGAACUACGGCUGGAGGGCAAGGGAAGGAUUCGAGUGUUAUGAUAAGAGGCUUUGCCACAACGCUUCCUUGGAUGACAUUUUGCCCAUCUAUGCUUAUGGCCAUGAAGUGGGCAAGUCGGUCACAGGAGGGUAUGUCUACCGUGGGUGUGAAUCUCCCAAUCUUAACGGCCUCUACAUCUUUGGGGACUUCAUGAGUGGUCGACUUAUGGCUUUGCAGGAAGAUAGGAAAACUAAGAAAUGGAGAAAGCAAGACAUCUGCCUGGGCAACUCGUCCUGUGCCUUCCCGGGGCUGAUCAGCACCCACAGCCAGUUCAUCAUCUCCUUUGCGGAAGACGAAGCGGGGGAGCUGUAUUUCCUGGCCACUUCCUACCCAAGCGCCUAUGCACCACACGGAUCUAUUUACAAAUUUGUCGACCCCUCGAGGCGAGCCCCACCAGGCAAGUGCAAAUACAAGCCAGUGCCCGUGAAAACCAAGACUAAGAAGAUCCAGUUCCGGCCGCUCGCCACCACGGUUUUGGACUUGCUGAAGGAGGAGUCACAGAAAGCGGUUCGAAGAUCAUCAUCCAAUGCAACCGUAGCUUCUGACUCAGACCGGGCUGCAUCUCAGAAGGGCUCCCGCAGGAAGCCAACUUCUCCCACAAACAGAAAAAAGACACCAAGAGGGCCUGGUACCACGAAGAGAGGCAGAGUAUGGUCCCCAGGUCCUCAGGGCAAGAGGGGGCAGAAUCUCAACACCAGCAGGACUGGGAUAAGGCAGGUGGCACAGCCCAAGUCUCCAGGCAGAAACUGACAGUGACCUCUUAGGCAAGUUGCCUGAUGAGACCAGAGAUAGGAGAAGGGCUCACAAAGUGAAAUUUGCUGCUGGCUGCUG